AGGCUGUGGUACUCAGCGCAGCAGGGCGACCUCCGGGGGCUGCAGGCGGCCCUAGAAGACGGCGCCGACGUCAACGUCCGUAUGUCGAAGUACCGCGACACGCCCCUGCUCAUCGCCUCUUACCACGGCAACGUCGACUGCGUAGCAGCCCUUGUGGCGGCUGGAGCCAGGCUGAACGUGGUGGAUAAGAUCCACGGGGGCACGGCGCUGUUCUGGGCGUCGCAG